GUAUUUUGUGUGAGUGAAUGUUGACGUCAUAUUUAGGAAAGAGUCACUUCUCUAACAGGAAGUGCAACUUAACAGGAAUGAAUAUUACUGGAAGUCAUUUGCAAAACCUUUUAUCUUAAAAGAACACGACGGCAGAAAUGGACGGGAUGCCUGCAGAUGGUUUGGAGGAUUCACAAGCAGAGGGCUCUCCAUCAGACGACAAUGCCACUUUACACCAUUCUAUCAAACAGCUGGCCAAACGCCUCACACUGCGUCAGAAGGACAAGAGCUGGGCUUCUGAGACAGUAAAUGACUUGCGUAGCAAGUUUCUGGAGUACCUGAAGAAUAAUGCCCAUACCUACUUCCAAGAUGUCACUGUGCUCAACAGCGGCAGCUACUAUGAAACGGUGAAGAUCGGCGACCCAGAUGAGUUUGACAUGAUGCUUCUGCUACGGACACCCCGACUCGAAUUUACAGAGAUUGAUAACUUAAAUGGGGUGUUCUACAAAGUCACCCUGAUUAAACCGACUCGAGAAAGGAUACAGGAUUUCCUGCUGCAGGAUGGCCGCACCAUCUCACCUACUAAAGUCCUGGAGGAGACACGCCACCUGGUCUGCAAAUUCAUUAAAACUUAUAACGCUGCAGGUGGGAAGCAAAACUGGACGCUGACCAGGAAGAAUCCCAAUUCUCCGGCCGUCACCCUGCUGCUGAAGAGAGUCGGAGAGGAGGAUAACGAGAGGGGAGGUGAGGAGGAGCUGGAGAGAGUAACGGAGCCAAAGGGCUUGGACACCAGAGAGCAGAUCUCUCUAGACAUUGUCCCCGCGCUGAAGGUGUCAGAGAAUCAAAGCUGGCCCACGGCCACGCGCCAGGGCCUCGACGUGGAGAGGUGGCUGGGGAGGAAGACACGCCGCAACCUCACCAGUCAAGAGUUCUACUUCGUCGCCAAGAAACCCAAGAAACUCAGGAGGAACCUCAGUCCUGAUGCCCAGGAAAGCUGGAGGAUUUCUUUCUCGCACAUUGAAAAAGAGAUCAUAAUGAACCACGGGAACAACCGGACCUGCUGUGAGAAGAAUGCCUCAAAGUGUUGCCGUAAGCAAUGCCUUAAACUGCUGAAGUGCCUCUUUGAGAGGCUGAAGAAGCUCUACCCUAAUGAUCUGAAGCCCCUCUGCUCGUACCAUGCCAAGACGGUCUUCCUGCACACACUCUCUGUGAGGGUCAAAGACCAGCAAUGGGCCCAGAAGCUGCUGCCAAAAUGUUUCCUGCUGCUCUUGGGGAAGCUGGAGGAGCACGUGCGCGAUGCCUCGCUGCCGCACUUUUUCGUCCCAGGCCACAACCUUUUCGCUCCACCCGACUUCCCACGCCGCAGCCUGCAGUUCCUGCAGCAGACACUGGAAGAUCAGCGUAUGCACGGCUACCCCCUUCUGAGGGAGGCCCAGCUUGUCGAGCCCCUUAGCACAACUGACGGCAUGACCCCGAAAGGCCCGAGGUCACUGGCACGUCCUCUAAGUGACCGUCCAGUAAAAAAGGCAGUGAUGAUGUGUUUCCCCUUCUUAUUAUUUUUCUUCAUGUUUCUGUACAAUAAGUUUUAGGUAGCUACAGUGACAUGUUGUGCAUGAGUGGUAGUACAGAAUUCCACCCUGUAUGUGUACGUCGAAGAAAUCAAUUACUCUUAUAUUGAAAUAGAUUUUGUGUGUGUUCUUCUGUAUUUGUGAUUGGUGUAUUUUCACAUGUGCGAGAAAAUACAUGGUGUAGUGCAGGAGGGAUUGGCAUUUCCCAGCAUGCCCCACAGGCAACUGUAAAUAACCCAUGCUGUAUUGUUAGAGUUAGUGCUUGUAAUUCCUGGUUGUGGUGUGUGUGUUUACCUGUGUCUUAUGAGAACCCAGUCUGAUCUUCAUGUGUCUCUAUCCUGUUGUAUAAUUAUCCACAAUGUAUGUAUCCGGCAUCUGACCUCCCUGCUUUUCCCCAUUACUUUGGGGUCAGUACUCAUUCAGUGCUUGUGAUAGUCCUUUUAAAGACUUAAUAAAAGCUUUCUCACCUUUCACCACCAA